UACGUUAUUCGACGACUAACCGAUUUUUAUAUUCAAACAUCAAACAACCAGAUUUUUUAUUUCAUCUAAAGAUUUUGCUGAUAUUUGUUUAAGACAAAGCAGAAAUUAAUAUAAAUACAUUUUAUUUGCAAGUGAUUUUUAUUAAAUUACAAUGUUUAAAUCCCGCUCCAUAAAAAAAAAUAGAAAGAAAGGAAAUGCUAAGCCUAGAAGUAGAGACAGUGGGGUAUCAUGUAAAUUUAAUAAUAACGUAAAUUUGAAAAAUUGUAAUGCUGUUAGGAAUGACAUAAUAGAAGAAACUGAUAUUAAAUCAGAAGAUUCGUAUAAUUUAAAGUAUGUUCCAGAAUUCAUCAAUAAGCAACGAUCAGAUAAUCCAAAUAUAGCUACUUUCCCAGAAAGGAAUCAGUUGGCUCUCGAUGAAGAUGAAUUUUGUUUAGAUUAUGAACCAUUUGAAGAAGAAGUCAAUAAUAAUGCUUUUUCAACAUUGGAUGCAAAAGAUUCUGAAAAGAACAAGAUAGUUAAUGAAGAAAAAAUAACAGAGAAUUUGUUUGCUUUUCGUGAUAAUUGUAAUGAAAGUAAUGAACCGAAUAUGUUGAAAAGCAAAGAUUCUUUCAUAAAUCCUGAUAUUUCUUGCUCGUAUUCAAACUAUCAUGAUGAUUCCACUCUUGUAAAAAAGUCUUGCAAGUAUAAUGAUAAGGAUAUAGCCAUAGAAAGUAAUACAAAUUUACGAAUAGAUGAAGCGAUCCUCAAUGAAGAUUUCGAUGAACAAUCUAAAUAUAAUGAAAAUAAUCAGCUGCUGUUAUAUGAAAAACAUGAACAAGAAUCUAAUAACUACUCCUUUGGGAAUGCGAAAGUUAAUUUCAAUGGCCCUCUCAAUAUAACAAUAACUAGAUCAGUAACAAACAAUUUCCAAACAAAAGUUUCUUCUAAGAACUUGAGUAAUGUUCCUAUGGUACAGAAGUCUGAUAAUAAGUCUUCCAAUGUGCAAAUAUAUGACGUAACAUCUUUAGUACCUGAAGAAAAGAUAAAUUUACGUGAAAUAAAAAGAUCGAUUUCAAAUAGUCAAAAUAUCAGUUCAAAUGAAAUAUCAAAUUAUGAAGUUGAAAGUUGUAGAGGUAUGUUGAAAGAUUCAAAAAUAUGGGUUGAGAAUAGAAUAAAUACUAAUUAUAUCAGAUUACCAAGAAUUGCCUCAGACACAGAUUUAAAUAAGCAUGGAAAUCAUAAUUCUAUCUCAAAUUCAAAUACUUCACUUGGUAGCUACGGGCAUCAAAACCCUCCUGAAGAAAAAGAUGGUAAAAUACAGCAAAUUUCAGUAGAAUUAGAAGAUAGUCCAAUGUCUCGAUAUAUUGGAGAUGAAUCCAGACUGCAAGAAAGUUACGAAGAUGAUUUUGUAGCUAGAUGGUUGAUGUACAAUAGUAAAGAUUAUUUCAUUUCAUGUUUGGAUUCCUUAUGUGAAUCUUAUUUUACUACUGCCUGCCAAGAUGUAUGUUGUUCAAAAACUCAUUCUUUGGAUAAGAUCAAGAAGAUAGUUGAACAGUCGACCCCUCAGGAAUUGAAAAAGUUGUAUGAAAUUGCAUUAAAGAAGGAUGUUUGGUUCAUGUGGUUAUUUGAUAUAUUCCUUGAUUAUUUUUCUGUAACUCCCACUGUAGAUGGAACGAUGUUGAUCAAUAUGAUUGAUGACGUAUACACAGCUCUUAAUAGUAUUUUAAUGGACAAAACUAUCUAUAUUGUUAAAAUCAUUGAAUGCUUGAAAAAAAUUGGGUUUUCCUUUAAGCGGGCCGUUAAGGAUAUAAUAUUGAGGUAUGGCACCUCACAGUUGUGGAUCUGUGAUAUACUGCUUUUUCUUAUUGCCAAACAACCAAACUUAGAAGAAAAUUGGAGCUUGGUGGAGAAGAUUAUCUGUUACAGAAAAGAAAAGAUUGAUCAUGAGGUUGUUACUGAACUGUUAUUUGCAUCUUCAAAAAAUUAUCCAUCAAACAAAGAGCUUCACAAGAAGAUAUAUAACGAAAUCUUCAAGAAAAACUUGGUUGAUUUCAACAAAAUACCUCAUCACUUGCGAGAAAUGAUUAUUGGACAAUCUGAAACAAAUUUGGAAGUACAAGGUAACAAUUGUACUUCCACUUCUAUAGUCUAUUAUACACAAGGUGUUGAUCCAAAAGAGCAAAAGCAUGAAAGUUUCAAUAGACAAAACCUUGAUGAUCAUCAAAUGUCUGAAUCAGGAAAUGAAACCUCGUCUACGGAUUCUUCAGAUGGUGUGUCCAAUGAAGGUGUAGAUGGUUUUUUUUACAAUCAGACCUCCUCAGACCAAGAUACAUCCAGGUCUUGCUUGAGAUUCUCAGAAAAAAAAAGAAAGUUAAAAUUAAAGAGAGCUAAAAGAAACAUCAGAAAAGUUCCAACUGCCUUGAGGACAAUAAAAGAAAAGGUUUUACAAAAAGUUAUUGAAUCUUCUAACAAAGUUCCAAAAUCUCAUUUACCAGCAAAUAUUAUAGCUCAUCCUUCCUGUCAGCCAAUCAUAAGUCCUUAUUAUCAGUGUAAUGUUUCUCUCCAUAACCUAUUUCCAGAUGUUCAUGGUUGGUCUUCUACUAUUUCAACUGCAGAUUUGCGGCGAUUGCGCUCUUCACUAUUUGAAAUGAACUUUAUGGAGUUUUUGGAUGUUCUUGAGUCUUACAAAGACCAAUAUACUAUUGAAAAUUUUAUUGUGACUGUAAUUACCUUGCUGAAAUCUAUGGGAUCAUUAGCCAGUUAUUCAACAUUUAUGUCUCUUUUAAAUGCUCUAGAAGAACGUGACCCUGAGUUGUUGAAGCAAAUGCAUGUGAAAGUUUCUUUUGAAGUUUUGGCAUUAAAUUUGAUCUAUAUGCUAGGUGUAAAAGGACGUUGGGAUCUGUGCAGGAAUAUCCUUCUCAAAAUGAAAGACUGGCAUAACUUAAUAACUUCCAAGAUAUUUCUGCUGGAAUCAAAACAGGAUUCACACAUGAGACGCUACAUCGAUUUAAUGAAUAUUUUGAUACAAGCUGAAGACUUUUUUUGGGUUAAUGAAAUAUUUCAAUCUGAAGUGCUGAAUUUCUUGGGUCCAGCAUCUACGUGGCCUUUUAAUUAUAAACCUUCAGAUACAGAAGCUAGAAAUGAAGCUUUGAAAUUAUUUCUUGAGAAAGUAAGUCUUAAGAAUAUCUUCAUUACAAAUGACUUGUUGAAGAGUAUAGCUGUUUCACAUGGGGAUUCUGUCGAAGAAUUUCAAGUAUGGACGUGGUUCGAUAAUAAGAUUCUCUGUCUAAUGAAGGAAGAAAGUUCAAAUGAAUCCAUACUAUUAUUUUUUUUAAAUGAUAUAGUUAAUUAUUUUGAGAAAUAUAUGGAUAAGUUCGUGUUUCAAGCCUACAUGUUGCACAUUCAAAACUCUAUAAGGAAAAAAGAAGCCUUGGAAUUGUUCAAGAUUUGCUGCAAUAAAGGACUCUAUCAUAAAUAUACCGGACAAGAGAGUGUUAUGCUUGUGACAACUAAUCUCACAGACUUUGAGAUUACAUCUUUGUUACAUUGUUAUUUUGAGAACUCACGAAGAAGGCACGUUCCUUCCUGUAGUUUUCACAUAAAACUGGUAUUACCUGAGACUGAUACAAGAUCAUUAGAGGUGAUGGAAAAAUAUAGGACACACAGGAAUGUAUAUCAAGUAUUUGAAAGGAUAUGUAGUAUUUUGGAAAUAGAGUUCAAUAUAAGAAACGUAAAAAAACAAUCUAUUAAAUCCAAAAUAUAUGUACCUAGUCUCAGAGACACACGUUUUUAAUAUACCAAAAAAUUUAAUUAUGUUGAAACUUGAUUUUUUAUUUGAAAUAUGUUCAUUUAAUACAGGUCCAUUAUUAAUAUCAUACAAGGAUAUUUUUGUUGCUAAUCAUUAAAAUCUGUGAUAUUGUUAGUUAGAGAUAGAAAUGUUAUUUCAAUUUGUUGUCAAUUGAAAUUUUUUUUUUAAGCAAUAUGCAUGUGUAAAGAAAAAUUAUUAUUUCAACGUUAACACUUUUUAGAUUCUUUUAAUGAUGUUUUAAUUUGAAGGUAUUUGUUUUAAUUUUUAAAAUGAGAUUAUUUUUUAUUUCUUAGGAAGGAUUUUUCUACAUCAUUCAUUUUUUUUUGUUCUAUUUUAUAGCAUGUUUUAAAAUACAACAGAUUUGAAACGGUC